AUGGGGAAGCGACCACAGGUAGUUGUUCUGUCCUCUUCCUCUGGGGAAGAUGACGGCGGGGGGCGCCGCGGCCCUCGGGCGCGGAAGCCGAGGACGGCCGCGACGGCUCCGGCCCAGGUGCAGGCUCAGGCAGCAGGCGCCUCGAGGAAAAAGCAGCGCCGCGAGAGCAGCGCGGGGAGAGGACGUCGCCGCCCCUCUAAACUCGCGCCGUCCGACUCCUCGAAGGCUGAAUUUGACAUGCUCUCUGAAGAUUUUUCAGAAUGUUUUAAUGACUUCAGCAUGCCAGGGUUUAUACGGAAAACGAAAGAGCUUUGGGUUGACAAGUACACACCCCACUCAUUGGCUGAGCUUGCUGUUCAUAAAAAGAAGAUUGAAGAUGUAAAAAAAUGGUUGGAAGAGAAGCUGAAGGCACCAAAGACAACGGUUGGAGGAUGGACCCUUGUCCUAACUGGGCAAACUGGUGUUGGAAAAUCAGCAACUGUGAAAGCAAUCGCUGAUGACCUUGGAGCGGACUUAUGUGAGUGGACAACUCCAGUACCAACACUGUGGGCUGAACAUGUUCAUGCUAAUUCAGGAUUACACUAUAUAUCCAAGCUUGAAGAAUUUGAAACCUUUGUGGAGAAGAUAAGGAAGUAUUCAAUGCUUUGUCCAACCAAUACCAAGUCCCAAAGGAAGCUCAUUAUCAUUUUGAUUGAUGACAUCCCUGUAACAAGUGGAAGUGUUGCUUUUGCAAGACUAGGAAAAUGCUUAACUGGUUUAAUUCGAAGUACUCAAGUACCAACUGUCAUUUCACUCACUCACUAUCACAAAAGUGAGAAUAACGAUACUGCAAUGUGGAAGUCUGAGGACCUUGAGUCCUUACUUCAAGAUGCUGGUGCUCACAAGAUUGCUUUCAAUCCGGUAACCACAAAUUCUAUCAAGAAAAUCCUUGUUCGAAUUUGCAAAAAAGAAAGCUGUAAUGCAUCUGAAGAAUUAUUGCAUCAAAUGGCAACCUCUAGUGGAGGUGAUAUCAGACAUGCAAUAAUGUCUCUUCAAUACUAUUGUCUUGAUCCCAGAAGGCAUAGUUCUGCAUUGGCAACAAGUUCUAAUCGUACUGGUUCAAAGAGCCAUGAUUCUCUGGUUCCAGGGCAUGAGAGCUAUGGCCCUAGCAGUGCACUACCCUCCCCAUGUGGAAGGGAUGAGACACUUUCACUAUUUCAUGCCUUGGGGAAAUUUUUGCACAACAAGAGGGAAACUAAUAGUGAUGUUGGUACCGACCUGGAUCCAUUUCCUCUUAAAGAAAACCUAAGAAGAAAUUCACUCCAAAUGGAUGUUCCAGAAAAGAUUCUUUCACAAGCACACGGAAAAGUACAGACAGUUGCGGAUUUUCUUUAUGAAAAUGUUAUUGAUUUCAUUGACAAUGAAGCUGUUGAUGAUGCAUGGGCUGUGGUAUCAUAUUUGAGUGAUGCGGAUUGUCUUCUUACUGCUAGUCCAAUCGCAUCAUACAACUCAGAAAACAUAGCACAACUCAUUGCUGCUUCUGUUGCGGCACGGGGAGUUCUUUUUGGAAAUGCUCAUGGCACACCAUCAAGGUGGCAUACAAUCCGGAGCCCGAAGCUUUGGCAAAUUGUGCAAUCAUUUCGAUCCAAUAAGGACCACAUUCUGAAGGAAAGAUUUGAUUCUUCAAGGACGUGUGGUUUUUCCAACUACUCUGACUUGGUCACAGAAUUCAGACCAUUCGAGAGAUGGAUUGGCCCUCGUAAUGAUGGGCAUAGAAACAGCUGCUUGCCCCAUGGCGUAGGUGGCUUGGCCUUGGGAGUCGCUGAUGGAAAUAACUCUGAAGAGGACGAUAUGAUAGAAGAUUGUUAA